AUGGGAACUCGUGCCCUGAAGAUUGUGCGCUUCCGCAGGCGGUACUACAUUCGUCACUACCCGUACGAUGGCUACUUCCAGGGUCUCGGCGCCGAAAUCGUCGCUAGCAUUCCCGCCGACCCGGACGAGUAUCGGAAAUGGCUCGAGUCUGUGCGAGACAUGUAUGCGGCCAGGGAACGUGUCGUCGAACAGGCCUACGAGAUGUGUGGCAGCUCUGGGCCAGGCAACUCUCAGUUUCACAAGUUCGCGACGCUCCCUUCAGAGUUGCCACGGCUGGAUCGCAUUGAUGCCGAAUACUUCUACAUCAUCAAUCUCGACCACGAGGUUCUAACCAUGAACUUCAGCAUACAUUGGAAGCUGGGGAACAUCCCACGCCAGGACGACUUGUGGCUCCGCUCGAUUGAGGACAGCAUCUACCAGGAUAAGCCCACCAUCUCUCUCGACCUUUGUCCACAAGAGCAUAUGGGGUCCCUGGCCUUGGAGCUGCCCGAAAAGAAUCAAGAGAUUGGCUAUUCUUUUCACACGGUGACGCCAAGAAUGGAUAUCAAAGAGGCGCCCAAGGUCUUCGCUACACGCCUUCUCGCGGGGGUGCUCAUCGAAUACAAGAAUGAUAUGAUUCGAUUUGGGAGAGAGUGGAGCCCAGACUCGUUCCCUUUCCGCGAGCUGACCUUUGCUCUCGUCUCAAUUGCCUCGGGCCAGGCCAAGUUCCAUUCUUUUCCCGCACAGCGAUGCCACCCUCGUCAUUGUCGCUACUAUGAUUGCACAGUGAAGCACCUUCCAAAAUCUGGAUGGCUUGAUCAAGAAUGGGCUGGCGAUGGUGCUCCAUUGAUGGAAUUUGGUUCCAUCGCUCAUCGGCCGGGCGGGCUUCCGGGAGCGUCGCCCACCGAGACCAUAUACUGGCACCAAAGUGUGCUCGUCAGUCUUACGCUAGUGAUUGAUGGGCAAGCAGUCACCAAGGCCGUCAGUUGGGGCAUCGAGCAGGGACGCACCGACUUUCAGAUAGUCGUCUUGUCGCUCUUCAAAGUGGCAUUUGUGGAGGUGUCGUCCGUGGGUGCAACCAAGGGACCACUCCUCAAAGUCAGUCAUGCUGUCCGCCUCUCGCCUCUACAAGCCGAAUAUUGUGGACCGCACGGAGACUACGGCGUCAAUUCCCCGGACUCGCGGCACUCGUCAACUUCUUCGACGUCGCUGCGAGUCGCCGUGCAGCAUCCAGACUUGGUCGACUACGACACGUGGAAGGCGUGUUCGGUCGUGUCGUACGAGUUCCGCUACUACAGUCUUUUCAAACACAGGGUUAACGAUUGUAUGAGAAUCGUGUCAGGACCCUUUGUGAGGCUGCAAAACUGUGGCGGCAAGAUGGAGCGUCGGCUAUCGUUCAAUUUUGAGAACAUGCAAACGGGCAAGAUUCUUCCGAUGAUGGAGGUGCCGAGUCGUGGUUGGAUGGAGGAGUGUAAUUCGAUGCCCGUCAUCGGCAGCGAUCGGAAGGCACUCAUGGCGGACAUGGUCGUUCAGUUUCGGCCUGUCGAGGACGUGCCCGUGGAGGCUGACAGUGAUGACGAACGGUGA